GGAAGAUCAAAUCAUGGAGUUUAGUGGAUAGAGAAAAGAGGCCAGGAGGACACAGGAGCAGCCAUGGCAGGAUCAAGGUAGGUAGCUACAAGUACCUGCAUAGAGAAUACCUUAACAUCCAUGGUCAGUCAUCCCGUCCACUCCUCCAAUCUGCUGGAGCUAUUUACUUGCAUUACAUAUGAUGCUAAGGUACCAAAAUGCAAAUUCUAUUGUACCUGUGCAUAGGCGAUUCGGACAACGCAUGGUGGUGGGCCCCACUUGGUUCUAUCUUUCUCUUUUUUUUUGCCAAAAAGCCCAUGUGAACCCUCUGAGCACUGAAAAAAAGCACAGAAGAAUCUGACAGUGCGUGGUGGCAGGUCCCACAUGGUUCUGUCUCGCUUUUUUUGUGAAGGCACAUGUGUGGAUCUCACGAUCACUAAAAGAGCUCUCUUAUUGCAGAACAAUGCGAAUAUAUAUCAUAUAAAGGCAGGAAAGCAGGUUCCAAACGUAGUGAAUUCGUGCAUCAGCACCACUUUGUGAAUGCACUUAGCCUAAAUGGGACCCAUCAAAAUUCUCUAGUUUUGGUGUGGAUGCACUAUCUCAAAAUACAAUUGUAGAAGAAAGAGCAGCACAUUAGUUAGACUAAAGGCAGAACAUGGUUUUAGCACAAGUCAGUGCAAUCAUUCUAAAGGCAGCACUGAUCCUGAUGUGAUCACUGCAAAAUGAACGAUCCGAGAGAUAUGUGUACCUGUAGGGGUGUACUCAGGAAAUUCAGUCUCCUUUAGGAGCUCGACAUGCCCUCACGUCUUGUUGGGUCGCCAGAAACUAAGUUCUGAUUGAUGGACCUCACGGAGAAGGAUAAGGAGGAGCCGACGAGGCAAUUGCUGGAUCCAAUCAGGAUUACGGGGAAGAAGGAUGAUGACAGGAUUCUUGAGGAGGAUUACAACAGUUUCUUGCUCGACGAUCCAACCACAGCCACAGGUGAGCGCGUGUGAAAAACCUGUCCGUCUGCUUAAUUCUUCCAGCCUUAACUUGGUGGGUUCUUUAGCAUCAACAUCACUUUGUGAAUGCACUUUAGCCUGAAUGGGACCAUCAAAAUUUCUCCAGUUUUGGUGUGGAUGCACUAUCUCAAAAUACAAUAAUUGCAGAAAGAGCAGCACAUUAGUUAGACUAAAGGCAGAACAUAUUUUCAGCACAAGUCAGUGCAAUCAUUCGAGAGGCAACACUGAUCCCGAGGCAACUGCUGUGAAAUGGACGAUCUAGAUAGAUAGAAGGUGUACCUGCAUGGGGGAGCUCAGAAAGUUCGGGCUCCUUUAGGAGCUCAACAUGCCAUCACGUCUUGUUGGGGCGCCAGAAACUAAGCUCUGAUUGAUGGACCUCACGGAGAAGGAUAAGGAGGAGCCGUCGAGGAAAAGGAGGGAGACAAGGAAGGUGCUGGAUCCUGUCAGGAUUGCGGGGAAGAAGAGGAGGAACAAUGAUGACAGGAUUCUUGAGGAGGAUUACAAGAAUGUCUUAAUCGACAAUCCAACCACAGCCACAGUUUCUGAUCCUGUUAUUGAAUCAAGUGCCGAAAAUGAAGUCGAGCAAUCUGGUGCUCAACUGCCAGUCCUUGAGGAUAUCUCGAGGCUGUUUGAUGGUUCGGUGAGUUCUUCAUUGGGCGCCAUGAGACCCCUUGUUGAGAAGCUUGGCAUACUGCUAGCUCCUUCUCAGGAACACUACAAGAGGUUGCCCAAGAGGAUCAAGGAGGGGGUGCACCUUCUCAAGGAUGAUGUUGAAGUGAUAAGCUCCUACCUUGAUGAACUGUCAGAGUUGGAGGACCCUCCCCCGGUGGCCAUAUGCUGGAUGAAUGAGGCACGCGAUUUGUCUUACGAUAUGGUAGAUUACAUUGACAGCUUAUUAUUUGUGCCGCCUGACCGUUUCAUCAAAAAGAAGAAGAAGAAGAAGAAGAAGAAGAAGAAGAAGAAGAAGAAGAGGCAGAAGAUGAUGAUGAUAAAGAAGAGGCUUAAGUGGUACAAACAAAUUGCAUUCAUAGCGCAGGUGUCAGAACAUGGUACCAAGACCAGUAAAAUCAUUCAUGUUAAUGUCCCUCGUCUUCCCAGUAAGCCCAAGAUUGCAGAAACAAUAUCGGAAUUCAGGAUCUAUGUCCAGGAGGCUUUUGAACGGCACGACAGGUAUAAGCUCCAGUGUUGCAGCACCUUGAGGAGGCAUAGAUUCUUGUCCGCUGGCAGUAUGCUUCCAAUGCCCUAUGAUGAAGUUGCACAAAUUGUAAUCGAUGGGCGUAUGAAUGAGUUUAUCUGCUCACUGGCCGCUAAUGAUACGGCAGGUCAGCAGCAGCUCAAGGUGGUAUCUGUUCUUGGAUCUGGGUGUCUUGGUAAAACUACACUUGCCAAUGUGUUGUAUGAAAGAAUUGAGAUGCAAUUCGAAUGCAGAGCUUUCAUCCGAGUGUCCAGAAAGCCUGAUAUGAAGAGACUUUUCAGUGACUUGUUCUCGCAACUCCACAAGAAGCAGCCACUACCUGCCAGCUGUAAUGAGCUUGGCAUCAGCGACAAUACCAGCAAACAUAUGCAACAUAAAAGGUAUCUAAUUGUUAUUGAUGAUUUGUGGGAUGCAUCAGUGUGGGAUAUUAUUAAAUAUGCUUUUCCAAAUGGAAACUGUGGCAGCAGAAUAAUAAUAACUACACAGAUCGAAGAUGUUGCAUUAACAUGUUGCUGUGAUCGUCCAGAGCAUGUUUUCGAGAUGAAACCUCUCGAUGAUGCUCACUCGAGAAUGCUAUUCUUUAACAGGCUUUUUGGUUCGGAAAAUGACUGUCCAGCAGAAUUCAAACAAGUUUCAAACGAAAUUAUUGAUAUAUGUGGUGGUUUGCCACUAGCGACAAUGAACAUAGCUAGUCAUUUGGCGAACCAGCAAACAGCAGUUUCACUGGAUUUGCUUACAUACAUACGUGAUUCGUUGAGAUCCCAUUUGUGGUCAAGUUCUACUUCAGAAAGAACGAGACAAGUACUAACACUCAGCUACAAUAAUCUCCCUCAUUAUCUGAAGACAUGUUUGUUGUAUCUUCACAUGUAUCCAGAGGGCUCCAUAAUCUGGAAGGAUGAUCUUUCGAUGCAAUGGGUAGCUGAAGCCUCCAUCGUUACACAAAAAGGGAAAGGGCAAUAUCAAGACCGGUUGAAGAAAGCUGCAGGAAUCUGUUUUGAUGAACUUAUUGAUAGAAGAUUCAUCCAACCUUCAUAUAUCAACUACAACAAUGAGGUAUUGUCCUGUACGGUCCAUGAUGUAGUACGUGAACUUAUUGCACACAAGUCUGCAGAAGAGAAUUUCAUUGUGGUAGUAGACUACAAUCGAAAGAAUAUAGCACUUUCCCAUAAGGUUCGCCGACUAUCUCUCAUCUUUGGUGAUGCAAAAUAUGCGAAGACACCAGAAAACAUCACAAAGUCACAGGUUCGAUCACUCAGAUUUUUUGGAUUAUUCGACUGUAUGCCUUGUAUUAGAGAUUUCAAGGUUCUUCGUGUCCUAAACCUUCAACUAUCUGGUCAUUGUGGCCUCCAUGACCCCAUAGACCUCACUGGGAUUUCAGAGCUGUUUCAGCUAAGAUAUUUGAAGAUUGCAAGUGAUGUUUGCAUAAAACUACCAAACCAUAUACGAGGGCUGCAAUGUUUGGAAACGCUGGAUGUUAUGGAUGCAACAAGAGUCACUGCUAUUCCAUGGGAUAUUAUACAUCUCCCACACUUGUUCCACCUGGCUCUUCCGGUUGACACAAAUCUGCUAGGCACCAUGACUGAUUCCGUCGUCAGUCUGUGGAGCCUUUGCAAGCUGAACUACCUGCAAGAUCUUUAUCUUACCAUUUCUUCUACACCUUGUUCUGGCCAUCCGGAGAAAAACAUGGAUUCUGUAGGCUCUUUACUAGAAGGACAUGGCAGCCUGAAAAAUAUAGUCGUGUCUCAUGGCCCAUCGGUUAAAGAUAUUGUGGUUCCCGGUGCCUCAAAAGUAAUCAUUUCCUGGGAUGACUUGGAGCCUCCCCCUCUUCUCCAGAGAUUUGAAUGCUCGCCACACAGCUGCGUCAUAUUUUCCCAAAUUCCUAAAUGGCUUAAAGAACUUGGUAACCUGUGCAUUCUGAAGAUGGCAGUAAUGGAACUGCAGAUGAGUUCUGUUGAUAUUCUCAGAGGAUUGCCUGCCCUCAUUGAUCUGUCGCUGUAUGUGCAGUGGGCACCAGGUGAAAGGAUCAUCUUUGACAAGGCGGCCGGGUUCUCAGUUCUCAAGUACUUCAAAUUGAGGUGCACAAGUGGUAUCCCGUGGCUAAAAUUUGAGGCGGAUGCAAUGCCUAAUCUCUGGAAGCUCACGCUAGGUUUCAAUGCCAUUCCCCGAAUGGACCAACAUCAACUAAUCCGCAUCGAGCAUAUGCCAGACCUUAAAGAGAUCUCCGUAAAAUUUGGGGGUGCAGCUGCUCAUAUAGAGUAUGCCGUGAGGUCUGUCGUUAGUAAUCAUCCAAGAAAUCCUACAAUCAACAUGCAAUUGGUGAAUUCUAGUUCCUAUGGUGAUGAAAGCACAGAACAGAGCCUUCCAAUAAACUGGGCUCCCGAGUCAUGUGCGGCCGAUGCGGUUGCUGAUGUGGAGCCACUCCGUCGCCUCUCUGACAACCUCGCCACAGCCUUCCACUCACCGGAUGACUUCGCCUUCCUUGCCGAUAUGUGCAUUGCCGUGCCCGGCGCGCCCGACCUGCACGUGCACCGCUACAUGCUCUCUGUGCGGAGUCCCUUCCUCCGCGCAUUCUUCGCACGCCGCGCCUCUGUGGAGGGCAACAGGUUGGAACUCUGGGAACUUCUGGGCGAGAAGGUGGAGGUCGGGUAUGAGGCACUGCAGCUAGUGCUCGAGUACCUGUACAGCGCCCGCUUCCAUGUCCUUCCCAGGCCAGCAUGUGUCUGCGUCGACAUGGAUGGUUGCGCGCACGUCAGCUGCCACCCCGUCAUCUCCUUCAUGGCGCAGGUCCUCUUUGUUACAUUCACCUUCCAGAUCACCGAGCUCACCAACUACUUCCAGCGGCAUCUCCUUGAUGUCCUUGAUGAUGUUGAAGUGGGUAACCUUCCAUUGAUAUUAUCUGUUGCAAACUUGUGCAAUAAAUCUUGCAUGAAACUGCUCGAUAGAUGCCUUGAGAUGGUAGUCCGGUCAAAUCUUGAGAUGAUUACUCUUGAGAAAGCAUUGCCUCCAGAUGUUAUGAAGCAAAUUACUGAUGCACGGCUAAGUCUUGGGUUAGUUUCACCUGAAGACAAGGGAUUUCCUAAGAAACAUGCAAGAAGGAUACUCAGAGCUCUUGACUCUAGUGAUGUGGAGCUGGUGAGGAUGCUGCUCAAGGAAGGGCAGACUAACCUUGAUGAUGCAUUUGCAUUGCACUAUGCUGUAGAACAUUGUAACUCAAAGAUCACAACUGAACUUCUGGACAUUGCACAUGCAAAUGUCAAUCACAGAAAUCCAAGAGGUUAUACUGUUCUUCACAUUGCUGCCAGGCGAAGAGAUCCUAAAAUUCUUGUCUCUCUUUUAACCAAAGGUGCUCGGCCUUCUGAUCUUACAUUUGAUGGAAGAAAAGCAAUUCAAAUAGCAAAGAGACUCACAAAACAUAGGGAUUACUUUGGGAUUACUGAAGAAGGAAAACCGUCUCCUAAAGAUAGGUUAUGCAUUGAGGUACUGGAGCAAGCUGAAAGAUGGGAUCCACAAGUUGGAGAAGCAUCGGUUUCUCUUGCAAGGGUUGGUGACUGUGAACCUGGAAAGUUGUUGUACCUUGAAAACCGAGUUGGUUUGGCAAGGAUACAUUUUCCAGUCGAGGCAAGAGUAGCAAUGGACAUUGCUCAACUGGAUGGUACUUCGGAAUUUAUCCUUGGUUCUAGUGCAGAUCCACCUCCAGAGAUACAACAGGCAACUGUUGAUCUAAAUGAAACUUCUUUGAUAAUGAAUGACGAACACUUGGCUCGGAUGAGGGCCCUCUCCAAAACAGGCGCUUCUUUCCGCGUUGUUCGAAUGUGCUGGACAAGAUCAUGGAUGAUGAAUCUAAGCUGGCUUCUCUCGGAAAAGAAGCAUCCAUGGAGAAGAGGAGGUUCCAUGACGUGCAUGACUCGCUUCAGAAGGCAUUCAGCGAGGACAAGGAGUCGUCUUGUUUGACAAGUUUAUAGCUCCAAUGCCGAUGGGUGACAUGAAAAGCAGCCAAAAUGCAUGUCUGGAUUAUAGUACAAUAUAUCAGAUUGGAGUACAACUGGAAAGCAGCCAGGAGGCAAUAGUCAAGGAGUGCUCCUUAGAAAAGGAACGAGUGAAUGCUUCGUGUGCUCUCCGCGCGUGACAAAUGGUGCACGCGGAGCUCUCCCGCGCGCGCAAACCAACCAAAGUGGUUGGUUUCUGGUUUUUCCUUUCCGGUUUAUGGACAGUUCGACCCCCUAUUACCUAGUGGCA